ACGGCUAAGCCUUAACUAAAAAUAGGCCCGCUCACUCUCUCCAACUCGUCCGUACUCUCAUUUUCCCUGCUUGGGUGCUUUUAAUUUUGCUCCCUUCUUAAGGAACCUCCGAUUCUCCGUUGCUCUCCUCUCCAACGCCUGAGCCCCGGGGUGGCGUUUCAGUUCAAAGUUAAUCUAUGAUUCGGCGAGGAGUUUAGGUUUUUUUGUAUUGAUUUUGUAAAUUCUCAAGUUGAUUUUUUGAUUGAAUUAUCCAUGGCGUCGGAGGAGAGAAGCGAGAAUACAGUAUCGUCGACGAUUGUAAAUCUGGCGGAGGAAGCUCAGGAUUUUCGUGAAGGCGUUAAAGCUCCCAGUCCCGCUUUCCUUAGCAUCUGUAAAUCUCUAGUCGCUGGUGGCGUCGCCGGCGGAGUGUCAGUUCUUAAAACUUCUCUCUCUGGACAAACAUAUAUAUACUGAUAUACAUUUAUAUGUGUGUUUAUGCAUUUAUAUAUAUUCUUUUAAAUGCAGUCUGCAUCUUAUUGCUUUUUAUCGGUUAAUGUUACGUAUAUGUUUUUACACAUGUGAUCGUCACACUUGCCUACAGAUACACAUGCCUAGGAUUUCAUGAUGUUUUAUAAUCUAGUGACACUUGCCUACAGAUACACAUGCCUAGGAUUUCAUGAUGUUUUAUAAUCUAGUGAAGUAGUCGUACUCGUACAUAAGCGUUAUAGAAUUGUGAGGAUGUGUGUUUUUUCCCCUUCAAAUUAAAUCUAAUGUUUUGUUUAAGGAAAAUGAUACUGGGACCAAACAGGGAGCCUAAUUGGCGCGCCGGCUCCAAUAGGCCCUGUCCGUCCAGCAUCUCUCUUUGUUUAAUUAUGGGGAAUAUUUCUUUUCGAGUAUCUGUAAAUUUGCUUAGUUUCCAGUUCUUUCUGGUUUCAUUAUUUUUUUAAUUGUUGAUUUCUUUUUUUCUUAGUUUUUUCUGUAAAAAAAAAAAUAAAAAAAAUAUGUUUAUUGAGAUGGAAAUAUCAUGUUCUCAUCUGCAUGCCUUAUAUUAUUUUGAGCUGUAGAUUUUCUGAAAGAUAAAAGCAAAAGGAAAAAUAAAGAAGAAGAGAAUUGUUAAAUUUUGUGCAAAGAAGCCAAUUUGUUUACCAUUUGAAUGCUUGAGCAUUACUUGGUUACUUUUCUUUACAGGCAUAAAAAGAAUGGAUCAUGAUAUGCUUUGACUAAUUUUUCUCUCUUUUUUUUCAACAACAAAUAAUGUAAACUACGACAGAAGAGUUGAUAUAGGAAAACAUUGGUUACUGUUUUCUGUGAGGUAAGAAGAGAGUCAUCACGUCAUCAUUUAUUGUAAGGCAUUAGAGUGGAAACAAGAAUAUUUCUAGUGGAUCAGGCUUUUGCCAUAUCUAAAAGGGUGGAGAUAAGGGAAGAGGUGUACAGCCCCGUGCCAUUUCUUUCAGCUGGAUUUGCCAUAUCUAUUCAUCUCUUUUUUCGAAGGGGUAUUUAUGAAUCUCUCUUGCUUAUAGAUCUUGAAAGAAGAUCAAUAUCCAUUUCUGAAUAGAUCUAUCUAUUGCUAACUUUAUUAUUUCUUUACCUACGAAGAGAAGAAAACAUGGAAUACUAAGUAAUUUACGGUGUAAUUUGGUGUGGGCCAAUAAUGAAGGCAGAAUAUCCUCUCUGCCCAUGUGGCAUUCGUGAAAUUAAUGUCGCGGACUGCAGUUGCUCCAUUAGAACGUUUAAAAAUUUUGCUUCAGGUCCAAAAUCCUCACAGUAUAAAAUAUAGUGGAACAGUGCAGGGAUUAAAAUACAUAUGGAGAACGGAGGGUUUCACGGGAUUGUUCAAAGGAAAUGGCACUAAUUGUGCACGCAUAGUCCCAAACUCUGCUGUCAAGUUCUUUAGCUAUGAGGAGGCAUCAAAGGGAAUAUUGUGGUUAUAUCGUCGGCAAACUGGAAAUGAGGAUGCUAAACUCACUCCAGUUCUACGUCUCGGAGCUGGAGCGUGUGCUGGAAUCAUUGCCAUGUCAGCAACUUACCCAAUGGACAUGGUUCGAGGGCGGCUUACUGUUCAGGCUGUUGAUGGUGUUGUUAGACAAUUGAUGACUGAGUUUUUUAGCCUGUACUUCUAUUUGCAGACAGACAAGUCUCCGACACAGUACAGGGGAAUUUUUCAUGCUCUUAAAACUGUUUUUGUUGAGGAGGGCCCUCGUGCUCUGUAUAAAGGAUGGCUUCCUUCUGUGAUAGGAGUUAUACCCUAUGUAGGUCUCAACUUUGCAGUGUAUGAAUCUUUGAAAGAUUGGUUGAUCAGAAGCAAACCAUUUGGACUAAAUGAAGACUCUGAGUUGAGUGUUACGACAAAGCUUGCAUGCGGAGCUGCUGCUGGAACGGUUGGCCAGACAGUUGCUUACCCUCUUGAUGUCAUCCGUCGAAGAAUGCAGAUGGUCGGCUGGAAAGAUGCUGCAUCUGUUGUCACUGGAGACGGGAAGAGCAAAGCCCCACUUGAAUAUACAGGAAUGAUUGAUGCCUUCAGGAAAACAGUUCGAAACGAGGGAUUUGGAGCCCUGUAUAAGGGCUUGAUCCCCAAUUCAGUCAAGGUGGUCCCAUCUAUAGCAAUUGCAUUUGUGUCAUACGAGGUAGUAAAAGACAUUCUCGGAGUCGAAAUGAGGAUAUCUGAUUGAAACUUGCCGAGGGGAAAUUCAAGUUAUUUGUCGAACUUCAAUGUUAAUAUUUGUUAGUCGAAGCGGCAAAUAAGGUAAGCUGUGUGAUAGGAACCUUCCAUCAUAUACAUAUAUAUGCCUGUUCUUUAGUUUCUUUAAAUGCUUCAACACUGCCAAUAAUGAGUUAUUCAAGUUCUUCAGUUUCUUUAAAUGCUUCAACACUGCCAAUAAUGAGUUAUUCAAGAAGUGAUGAUACAUAUGUAUUCAUAGCUUUUAUUAUUGGAAAUUAGAAUUAGAAAUUUGAAA